CCAGUCCCUCCCCACGGAAACACAGCAUCCCAGUCUACCCGUGGUAUAUUGUGUUUAAGUCGGGCUCGUUCACAAAAGGACGCAUUACAUGCGAGAACUUCAUCACGUGCAGGUCGUUCUCACACCCCAUCAUGCAUCUGGCGUUCGCAAUUGUCGUCACUGUGGUUCUCUCCACUGCCUCUGCCAAGUUCCAUGAAUCUUUGACAACAGAAGAUCUUAAACAUUACUUUGGAACAGACGCCAAGAACAAUGUCCCGGAGUACGAGAUCGUCCACCCCGCACCCGUGACCGGAAGUCGUCAUGCAAGGAAAAAUGCGAUCCCCCCACCCCCACUCAAGUACCGCCUGAAGGGUCGGAUCCCCCCACCCCCACUCAAGUACCGCCUGAAGGCCUUGGGGGAGGAGUAUGACCUUCACCUUGAACACAAUCAACACCUGGUGGCGCCAGGGUGCCUGGUGACGACGGAGGGUGGGGAUCUGGAAACUGUACCGUGCCCGAGGGGGGAUUGUUUCUACCACGGCCACUCAACAUCCCACAACGACUCAACAGCAGCACUCAGCACGUGCAACGGUCUGCAUGGCAUCAUCAGCACCCCGUCUCAUCAGCUGAUGAUUCAUCCAAUCAGAGACCAGCAUCUGUCGCUAACCACGCCUCCCGGAUACCCCGCCCCAACCCGCCCACACAUCGCAUACAGGGUACCCCUAAGGAAAAAGAGAAGCAGUGGGUUGCAAGCUGCUGCCGACGCUCUGGUUCAAGCAGCCCCACGACGCAUGCGCAGGCAAGCCGGCAAACGUUACAUCGAGAUGCUGAUCGUGGCUGACAAGACGAUGUACAACUACCACAAGGAUGACCUCACUCACUACGUCCUCACCGCUGCCAAUGUCGCCGCCACCCGUUUCCUGGAUCCCAGCCUCGGUCUGAAACUGUACCUGACUAUCCUCAAGGUGAAGAUUCUCAAGUCCGACCAGGCGGGCCUGAGUAUCGUCCCUGACGCCGAGAAGACUCUCCAGAGCUUCUGUUCGUGGCAGGAGCCCCUCAACGCACGCGGAGACGACAACCCAGGGCACUGGGACACAGCCAGUCUAAUGACCAGGGUUGACAUUAUCUACCUGGGGUCAGAGUCCGACACAGGGCUGGCGACCUUGGAGGGAAUGUGUGGCGAUAACAAGCGGUGCUCCGUUGUGGAGGAUGAUGGCCUUGAUCUUGGCUUGACCUUGGCCCAUGAAACAGGACACACCCUGGGCAUGCACCAUGACGGCGAGGGUAAUGCCUGCGCCGACAAGAAGAACAUCAUGUCGUCGGGCGGGGGUGGAGGGGCUACCGCCUUCCAGUGGUCGUCAUGCAGUGCAGACUACGUCAACAAGUUUCUCAGCAGUGGUCAGGGAAACUGUCUGAAUGAUUCCCCACAAGGUACAACUCUAGCACUGCCUCAACAACUGCCUGGAGUUAUCUACCCUGCGGAUGCGCAGUGCGAGUUCUUUGUUGGCGAAGGUUCCACCAUUUGUACUGGGACCAGUCUUGUGGGAGGCGACGAGUGUUCUAAACUGGUCUGCUUUGACCCCGGUCUGCCCGGGCAGUGCCGAGGAAGUCAGACCCCGCGCAUGGAUGGCACGGAAUGCGGUAACAGGAAGUGGUGUCAGGGCGGACAGUGCGUCGACAUCGGCCCCGACGGCCCAGCUCCCCAGGACGGAGGGUGGUCAGCCUACAGCACAGACUGGACACCGUGCUCAAGGUCGUGUGGGGGAGGGGUCAGGUACAAGUCAAGGAAGUGCAACAACCCAAGACCGCUGUUCGGUGGAAAGACAUGCGUGGGGCAAGACACCAUGGCCGAGAUGUGCAACAUCCACGAAUGCCCGACGUCCCAGCUGACGUUCAAGAAGGAGCAGUGCUCCGCCACAGACUCGGCCCCCUACAAUGGUCAGCUUCAUCACUGGAUGCCCAUGGGGGACACAGGUGCGACGCAAUGCCAGCUGAUGUGUGAGAGUGAGUCCGCACGCUUCGGGGUGACGAGGACCUUGGACGGCAGCAGCGACUUCAAGGACGGGACUGAAUGUCAACCCAAGGAAGGAACCUACGGACGCUGCGUCCGUGGCACGUGCAGGGCGUUCGGGUGUGACGGUGUGAGCGACUCGGGCCGGGAGAAUGACCAGUGCGGCGUGUGUAGCGGUCUCGGAGACACGUGCAGUAAGAAGUCCGGCACGUUCACCAAGGGCGAGGAACACCAGUACGUGACCUUCGUGAAGAUCCCCAAGGGCGCCACCGCUGUCACCAUCACCAACACCAACGUCUACAGCAUCCUCAGUUUGAGUGUGGGGGGAGUCCAGGUGUUGAACAAGGGGGGGCAGAAGGCAAUGUCGGGCACCUACUCCGGCGCGGGGGUGACAGUCAAGUACAGACGGACCCCGGAGAAACUGCAGGUGGUCGGGACACUGUCUGAUGACGCCGAGGGUCAGGUGUACCGCAUCUACGGCGACAUGUACGCCGGGUCCAACCCCAACAUUAACUACGAAUACUACGUCUCCAACAGCCAGAGCGGUCCUCAACGGUUCGUGUGGAAAACAAAGGAAGGCCAAUGCAGCGCUACUUGUGGAGAGGGGAGCGUACAGAUGGAGGCAAUGUGUGUGAAGGCCGACACUGGGGCGACAGUUGACAACUACAGGUGCCUCCUGGCGGACAAACCUCUGUCUGGAGGGAAGCCAUGCUCCGAGCCUGCCUGUCCCGCAUCGUGGAGAGCGGGGUCAUUCGGCACGUGCAGCAGGACGUGUGGCGGGGGGACACAAAGCCGGCAGGUGCGCUGUAUGAGGGACUCCACCCCCAUGCCGGACUCGGUCUGUACGGAGCCGAAACCAGCCGCCCAGCAGGAGUGUGGGACGCACGCUUGUCCCGGGGAGUGGAGACCACAGGCGUGGUCUGUUUGUUCCCAGACGUGUUCUGUGGGAGUGAAGUCGCGAACCAGCAAGUGUUUCCUUGGCAACGAGGAGGUUCCGGAUGAGAAGUGCUUGCCCUCAGAUAAACCAGCGUCCACCCAAACUUGUCUCACCGCCGUCUGUUUCCCCGACAUGACUGGGAUUAAGUGCGCCGACACCAAGGACUGCGAAGGCCGCGACACCUCCGUCUGUAGCGACUUCGCCGACUGGUCCAAACAGAACUGCAAGAUGACCUGCGGAUACUGCAAAGUGGACGGAGACAGUGCUUGCAAGGAUGUGGACACCGCAGAGUGCAAGGGUCACGGCCCCACCGUCUGCACCGAGUACCCCGACUGGGCGAAGACGAACUGUGCCAACUACUGUGGCUGUGACAGCACUGGCUCCACUGGCUCCGCUGGGGGCUCCACAGACUCCUGCCAGGACAAGGACACCGAGACAUGCAGGGGACAGGGAGCCAGCGCCUGUACACAAUAUCCUGAUUGGGCUAAGGAGAACUGCGCUAAAUUUUGUAAUAUCGGUUGUAAAUCCUCCGGUACAGGUAGUGGUGCAACAGGGACGGGUACCGGGAGUGUUGGAACAGGCUCCACAGACUCCUGCCAGGACAAGGACACCGAGACAUGCAAGGGACAGGGAGCCAGCGCCUGUACACAAUAUCCUGAGUGGGCUAAGGAGAACUGCGCUAAAUUUUGUAAUAUCGGUUGUAAAUCCUCCGGUACAGGUAGUGGUGGUACCGGGACGGGUACUGGAAGUGUUGGCACGGAGUCUGGUCAGCAGAGUGUUGAUGGCGCGUGCAAGGACACCAAUGACCAGUGUGACCAGUACAAUGACCAGACCUGCUCGCAGUACAAGGAGUGGGCGAUGGAAAACUGCAAGAAGCGCUGCAAUUUUUGUACAGGUGAGAGUCACGUGGCUAGCGCGCAGUCUGUAGUCAAUAGUAGCACGGCGGCGGCAUCCACAGCGGCAAGUGUAAGCACGACAGCGGCGCCUGUUGACGGCAACUGCAGGGACGUGUUAACAAACUGCGCAGCGUACGGGACCAGCGCGUGUACAAAGUAUGGGGAUUGGGCGCGCAAGAAUUGCCAGAACUACUGCGCCAUGUGCGGCGAGGCUACAGCAGUGACUGCGGCACCAGCGGCUACAACUACUUCAUCAGCGGACCCCUCGUGCACGGACCUCAAGGACUGCGCUGCAUACGGUGCCAGUGUGUGCCAGACCUAUAAAGACUGGGCCAAGGAAAACUGCAGGAAGUUCUGUGGCCACUGUUCAUCACGCCAGGAACCAACGACGGCCAUGUCUACAACUACUACAACAACUUCAACUACAACGACUACCACAAUACCUACUACACAGGGAACACAUGCGGCUGUUGACGGCGACUGCGCUGACAAAAUGAACUGCGCAAGCUACGGGACGGGCGUCUGUUCGCAAUAUGCUGACUGGGCGACCACAAACUGUAAAAAAUUCUGCGGCAAAUGUGAAUCAAAGGAAACCCAGUCUAUUGCGCAGCCGGUGACAGUGACAACACCAGUCUCCGAUCCGAACUGUAAAGAUGCACGAGGGGACUGUGAAGGCUAUGGUAAAGGCACGUGCACACAGUAUCCUGAUUGGGCGAAAGAAAACUGUCAGAAGUUCUGCGGCUUGUGCACUGCUGCAGGCGAUCCAGGGUGCCAGGACAAAAAGACGGACUGCGCAGGAUACGGGACAGGUGCGUGUGCGCAGUAUCCAGACUGGGCGGCUUCAAACUGCAAGCGUUUCUGCAACUUGUGUGACGCAAGCGCUGGUAGUAAAGGUGAAGCUGCUGGCGACGCGACAACGCAGGCAGUGACAGCGGCCAAGACGAGCAGCGCCGACAGCAGUACCACCUCCUGUGUUGACCUCGCCAACUGCGCUGGGUACGGCGCCGACGUGUGCACCAAGUACGGCGACUGGGCCAAGACCAACUGCAAGAAGUUCUGUGGCAUUUGUGGUGCUGGGACACAAGCCAAAGUCACCAACAAUGUCUGCAAGGACACAUCAACCGACUGCGCAGGCUACGGCGCAUCGGCCUGCACACAGUAUGCUGAUUGGGCGAAAACCAACUGUCAAAAAUAUUGCAACCUGUGCUAGACAAGAUGACCGGAAAGCGCGUUGAAGUGUGAACCAAGACUUCCGGUCAAUGAACCUACAACUAAUCUGACCCUACUGUCUCCUCCACAGAGGACAAUGUGUGUGCUUUCUUCUUUGUGCAUCACGUGACAUAGUUUGUGUGCAUCACGUGACCGAGUGUGUUUUGUGUGACAUGUACAUAGUUGUUAUUUUGCUGCAGAGAAAGACCACGUGAUCAUAGCGUGAAACUAAUCUGAUACCGAUACAACUCAAUGAUAGUAGGAGAACAAUUUAGUGAUAGAAGAGACACGAUUCAUUGACAUGAACAUUUUACUUCAACUAUUGAAAUCCUCCUAUACGAAAUGCAGUCACUACAAGGGGCGGUAACUCUCCUGACUUGGAACACCGAGUGACAGUGUGCUGUAGAGAAAUCCUCCAUUGAUUCCCACUACAAAGGACCCCCUGCUCUCAUGAGCAAGACGAGUGUAUUUAUUUUGCAAUAUUAAACUAGCAUCAUUA